CUGCAGCCAUUGGUGUCUGUGUCAUUACUAAUAGUGUCCUGUAAACACUCGUUAAUCACAGAAGGUCGCUGUCCUAGGACUCCGCACGCCAGGUUGUGGCGGGUCUUCCCCGCCUCUGCAGCCAAGAGGGAAGGAGGUGGGAGGAAAGAAGGAAGAAAGGGAGGGAGGAAGGAGGGAGGAGACCAGCCAGAGGGAGGGACCGCCUCGGAGGCAGGAGCGCAGCGAGGAGCCAGGCACUCGGCUGUCCGCGCGCAGUCCUUAUUCCGCGCCCCCCACUCCUUCCCCUCGAGGGCCCGCAGCCUCCCGCAUCCGUCUCCAGGCAGCAUGGUGAAGUCUGCUCCCGGGCCCUCGCCACCAUGUACGUGAGUUACCUCCUGGACAAGGACGUGAGCAUGUACCCGAGCUCCGUGCGCCAUUCCGGCGGCCUCAACCUGGCGCCACAGAACUUCGUCAGCCCCCCGCAGUACCCGGACUACGGCAGCUACCACGUGGCCGCGGCGGCCGCGGCGGCGGCGAACUUGGACAGCGCUCAGUCUCCCGGACCGUCGUGGCCCGCACCCUAUGGCGCCCCGCUCCGCGAAGACUGGAAUGGUUACGCACCCGGGGGCGCAGCGGCCGCCGCCAACGCCGUGGCGCACGGCCUCAACGGGGCCUCUCCGGCCGCGGCCAUGGGCUACAGCAGCCCCGCCGACUACCACCCGCACCAUCACCCGCACCACCACCCACACCACCCGGCCGCGGCGCCCUCCUGUACUUCGGGAUUGCUGCAGACGCUCAACCCCGGGCCGCCCGGGCCCACCGCAGCCGCGGCCGAGCAGCUGUCUCCGGGAGGUCAGCGGCGGAACCUGUGCGAUUGGAUGCGGAAGCCGCCGCAGCCGUCACUCGGGAGCCAAGUGAAAACCAGGACGAAAGACAAAUACCGCGUGGUGUACACUGAUCACCAGCGACUGGAGCUGGAGAAGGAGUUUCACUUCAGUCGCUAUAUCACCAUCCGGAGGAAGGCUGAGCUGGCUGCCACGCUGGGGCUCUCUGAGAGGCAGGUUAAAAUUUGGUUCCAGAACCGCCGAGCCAAGGAAAGGAAGAUCACCAAGAAGAAGCUACAGCAGCAGAACCAGCAGCAGCAGCCACCCCAGCCACCACCCCAGGCUCCUCAGCCUCCUCCCGGUCCUCUGAGAAGUGUCCCAGAGUCCCUGAGUCCUGUGUCUUCCCUGCAGGGCUCAGUGCCUGGCUCGGUCCCUGGGGUGCUGGGGCCAGCUGGUGGGGUGCUGAACCCCACCGUCACCCAGUGACCCACAGUGGCCUGCAG